AAUGGAAUCCACCAUUAGAGAUAGAAGAAGUCAUAUAGACAGUAAGAGAAGAUCAAGAAGGGAGAAGAAGACAUUAACAUUAUGGAUUCAGAGAAGCCACAAAGCAGGGAAUGCCACCCUUUAUUGAGAGGUGGAAGAAGAGUUGAGAGUUUCAGUCAUGGGCUCUCUUCAUCUCAAAUGGAAUCACUGUCUGCCAUCUGUGAGACUUACAUACCUCCUAUCCCUUCUGAAGAUCCUCUUCAUGUUGGCAGCAAGGAGGUCCCUUCCAGCAAGGCUGUUCAAUCAUUCUUCAAUGCUUCUGGGUCUCAGAAGCCAAUCCCUGAUGAGGUUGCUGAGAUGAUUGUGAAGAAGGGUGCACCAGAACCUGUAGGCUUAGUGAGAUUUGCUUUAUGGCUUCUAUCGACCAGAUUGGGGACCCUGUUGCUAUGUGGGUCUCUGUGUUUUGGGUCAGGAUGGCCAUUCAUUCACAAGUUCUCUGAAAUGUCAUUGCAAAAGAGGGAAGUGGUUCUGCAGAACUGGUCAAAAGCAAGGUUCUUGGUCCCUCUUAGAGGAGUAUUUAUGUUGACCAAAGCCUUCUGUUUCUUCACCUUCUUCUCACGGACUGAUGAAAAAUCAGAAAACCCAGCUUGGGAUGCAAUGGGAUACCAUUUAGAGACUGAUGAGAAUUCACACACAAUCCAGAGGGAAAGACCUCUUGAGAAAGGAAUAGUAGAAACUAUGUAUGAAACUGAUUCAACCCUUAUUACAUCUCUCAAAAACAAGGGCUUGAAAGUCACAGAAGAUCCUCAACAGAACCUCUACAAUGUUGAAUGUGAUGUUGUCAUUGUUGGUUCUGGUUGUGGUGGUGGAGUUGCAGCUGGAGUUCUUGCAAGUGCAGGCCAAAAGGUAAUUGUCCUUGAGAAAGGCAACUACUUUGUACCUGAAGACUAUUCCUCUCUAGAGGGCCCCUCUAUGGAUCAGCUAUAUGAAAGUGGUGGGUUUCUAUCAUCUGUGGAUGGGGAGAUGACGAUAUUUGCAGGAUCAACAGUGGGUGGUGGUUCAGCUGUGAACUGGUCUGCCUCAAUCAAAACUCCCAGUUCUGUGCUUAAGGAAUGGGCUGUGGAUCACAAGCUUCCUUUAUAUGGGAGUUCAGACUAUCUCUCUGCCAUGGAUACUGUAUUUAGCAGGCUUGGUGUCACAGAGAAUUGUACAAAGGAAGGACUCCAGAAUCAAAUUCUCCGUAGGGGGUGCAAGAAUCUUGGUCUGAAAGUUGAAUCAGUUGCUCGGAAUUCCUCGGAGGAACAUUACUGUGGGUCUUGCAAUUAUGGAUGUAAAACAGGAGACAAAAAAGGGACUCAAGCUACUUGGCUGGUUGAUGCUGUAGAUCAUGGUGCAGUGAUCUUAAGUGGAUGCAAAGCCAAGAGUUUCAUAUUGGAAAAGAACAAGCACAAUCAGAGUAAAAAGAUGAAGUGCUUGGGACUAAUGGCCACAACAUUGAAUACAAACAUCACAAAGGAACUACGCAUCAAAGCUAAAGUAACAGUAUCAGCAUGUGGGUCACUCUUGACACCACCCUUAAUGAUCUCUAGUGGACUCAAGAACCCAAACAUUGGCAAGAACCUUCGUCUCCACCCUGUUUUGUUGGGGUGGGGAUACUUUCCAGACUCAAUUUCAGAUCUCAAAGGCAAAAUAUAUGAGGGUGGAAUUAUCACAUCUUUGUACAAAGAAGUGUCGGAGAAUUCUCGUGUUAAAUAUAUCAUAGAAACACCUGCAAUGGCCCCUGCUUCAUUCGCUUCAUUGACCCCAUGGCUGUCUGGACGUGAUAUGAAGGAGAAUAUAGUGAAGUAUGCAAGGAUUUCUCACAUCUUUGCAUUAGUCAGGGAUCAUGGUUCAGGAGAGGUCGAGGCUGAAGGAAAGAUAAAGUACAAUCCUAGUGAAUUGGACAGAGAGAACCUUACUGCAGGAUUGCGGCAAGCCUUAAGGAUUUUGAUUGCAGCUGGAGCUGUUGAAGUGGGUACCUUCCGAAAUGAUGGGCAGAAAAUCAAAUGCAAAGGGGUAAAGGAGGAGGAAUUGGAGGAGUUUUUGGAUUCAGUUAGAGCAGAGGGAAGUCUAAUGUCAGGGGAAAAGUAUUGGAACACCUACUUUUCUGCCCAUCAGAUGGGGAGUUGUAGGAUGGGUUCAACUCCAGAAGGAGGAGCAGUUGAUGAGAAUGGUGAGAGUUGGGAAGCAGAAGGCCUAUUUGUUUGUGAUGGAAGUGUUUUGCCCACUGCAGUUGGAGUCAAUCCCAUGAUCACCAUCCAAUCAAUUGCCUACUGUAUAUCCAAAAAGAUUGCUGAGAUUAUGAAAAACGUCGAAAUCAAUGGGGAUAACUGAACCAUUGUUUCCUUCUUUGAUUUUGAUAUUUAGUUAUGUAUGCUUUCGUUUUUUUUCCCCCUGAUGAGAGAUCACCAUGGUUUGUUAUGGUCAUCUCAAUUCAUAAAUAUUUGCAACAAUGUGAAUGGAAGUCCUAUUCCUUCUUUCAAGUUUC